GGUGGAAAAUUUUUGAAAGAAAUUGCAUUCUUCAAACAAGGGUGCCGUUCUGAUAUUUAUGGGGAUUGUUGUCCUCACUAUGAAGGCAUCUGUUAUUGAAAUGUUCCUUGUUUUGCUGGUGACUGGAAUACACUCAAAUAAGGACACGACAAAGAAGAUUAAAAGGCCCAAGUUCACUGUGCCUCAGAUCAACUGUGAUGUCAAAGCCGGAAAGAUCAUCAACCCUGAGUUUGUUGUGAAAUGUCCAGCAGGAUGCCAAGACCCCAAAUACCACGUUUACGGCACGGAUGUCUACGCGUCCUACUCCAGCGUGUGCGGCGCUGCGAUUCACAGUGGUGUGCUUGAUAAUUCAGGAGGGAAAAUACUUGUUCGGAAAGUUGCUGGGCAAUCUGGCUAUAAGGGGAGUUACUCCAAUGGCGUCCAGUCACUGUCCCUGCCACGCUGGAGAGAGUCCUUCAUUGUCUCAGAAGGUAAACCCCAAAAGGGUGUAACCUACCCAUCGGCUCUUACAUAUUCAUCAUCUAAAAGCCCUGCUGCCAAAACAGGUGAGCCCACGCAAGCCUAUCAGAAGCAACCGGUUCCAGGAACAACCGCACAGCCAGUCACCCCGAUGCAGGUCACGAGAGCCACUGCCUUCAGAGCCCACACCAGCCUGCCGAAGCCAUCCCCAUCUGCAGGCUCCACCACCAGCAGCCUCAGACCCCAGCCCGCGGGCCACAGGAGCUGGGAACUGGAUCUCUGGGCCGCCAGCACGUACGCGAGCAGCCAAAACACCCCCCGUGUGGAUCCAGGUAUCCAAAGUCAGGAUUCUCCCAGAGCUGCUUUCCAGAAGCCUGCCAGAGCAGGGGUCAGCACAGGGGAAAUGGACCUGUGGAAACCUGGAUCGGUCCUUUUAGAUGCAGGAUUUGUUCCAGAAGCAGAAUUAAGCACACAGGCUUUGGAGCCACUAUCCCAGGGAGAUCCAAACUGCAAAAUCGACUUGUCAUUUGUAAUUGAUGGGAGCUCCAGCAUUGGCAAACGUCGAUUCCGAAUCCAAAAGCAGUUCCUGGCUGAUGUUGCCCAAGCUCUUGACAUUGGCCCUGCUGGCCCACUGAUGGGCAUUGUUCAGUAUGGAGACAACCCUUCUGCCCAGUUUAACCUGAGAACUCACAUGAAUUCCCGGGAUCUGAGAACUGCCAUAGAGAAAAUUACCCAGAGAGGAGGGCUUUCCAAUGCAGGCCGGGCCAUCUCCUUUGUGACCAAGAACUUCUUUUCCAAAGCUAAUGGGAACAGAGGCAGUGCUCCCAAUGUGGCCGUGGUGAUUGUGGACGGCUGGCCCACGGACAAGGUGGAGGAGGCUUCGAGGUUUGCAAGAGAGUCAGGAAUCAACAUUUUCUUCAUCACCGUCGAAGGUGCCACUGAAAACGAGAAGCAAUAUGUAGUGGAGCCCAACUUCUCACAUAAGGCUGUGUGCAGAACAAAUGGCUUCUACUCACUCAAUGUGCAGAGCUGGUUCAGCCUCCACAAGACCGUGCAAGCCCUGGUGAAGCGGGUGUGCGACACCGACAGACUGGCCUGCAGCAAGACCUGCUUGAACUCCGCCGACAUUGGCUUCGUCAUAGAUGGCUCCAGCAGCGUGGGGACCGGCAACUUCCGCACGGUUCUCCAGUUUGUGGCCAACCUCAGCAAAGAAUUUGAGAUUUCAGACAUAGACACGCGGAUCGGGGCCGUGCAGUACACCUAUGAGCAGCGGCUGGAAUUUGGAUUUGACGAUUACCAUACCAAGUCCGACAUCCUCAAUGCCAUCAAGAGGGUGGGAUACUGGAGUGGUGGGACCAGCACAGGGGCUGCCAUCAACUAUGCCCUGGAACAGCUCUUCAAGAAGUCCAAGCCCACCAAGAGGAAGUUAAUGAUCCUCAUCACUGAUGGGAGAUCCUAUGAUGACGUCCGAAUUCCCUCCAUGGUUGCCCAUCACAAGGGAGUGAUCACCUACGCCAUAGGUGUCGCCUGGGCUGCGCAGGAUGAGCUGGAAGUCAUCGCCACUCACCCCGCCAAGGACCACUCCUUCUUUGUCGACGAGUUUGACAACCUGUACAAAUUUGUCCCCAAGGUCAUCCAGAACAUUUGUACAGAGUUCAACUCACAGCCUCGGAACUGAAUCCAGAGCAGGUAAAGCACCCACAAGAUGCUGCUUUCCCGACCGGCGCUCGGACAACCCCCGAUGCUUUAUGGGACAGUAAGGCAUGUGGGGCUCGGACAACGGAUGUGCUGUGAUUACUCUCUGCCUGUGUGGUUUUUCAUACUUUGGAACUCAAGCGAGAAAGAUGAUCAGAAACUUACAGAAUGAGGCAAAAUGACACAUCAUUUUGAGAGUGCUGGGGAUUUACCUUCGAUGAUUGUUUUCAAAAUAGGUGUUCAGAAUAGAGUGCUGAAUGUUAAGACAGGCUUCACUAGAGCUUUUGUGAGGUUUCUUUCCAUUUUUAUAUCUAACUAUGAUUCUGUAACCCUCAACAAAUUCCAUUUUUAUCAUAAUAAUAUAGGAGUUGCUUAAUUAAACAUUUUUAAAGGAUUACACGCAAUCAUCCUGACCGUAUCCUGGAUGGCGUUCACAGGGUUUAUGGCAGGACCACCCUCCGCCUUCUCACUCCGCAGGGCACCGACCAUGCACCCACCCCUGGCCCACGGUAACAACACAACCAUGGGGUGCAGAGAAAGUGUGGCAGCGGCAUAGCCACUCCUGAUUUAGCUCCCUCCUCUCUGUUAGCCGUGUACCUGCAUCCUAUAGCGUUAGGAGCUGAGGAGCGGCCCUGGAGGGCCACGGCGAUCUGGCCUAACAGCAGAGCAUGAGGCUGCUGCGGCUCUUAGCCCGAGCUGCACAUUAGACUCUCUUAAGAGGCUAAAAUGCUGGUUCCCAGGCCCCAUUCCAAGAACCAUGGAAUCUGGGUCUCUGGGGAUGGAGCCUGAACACUGGCAUUGUUUGAAGCGCUGUCUGGGGAUAUUGAUGUGCUGCCGUUGACUGGGAACCACAGAGCUGCCUCUGAGGGCUCAGUGUUCUGGGUGUUUCCUGGGAGAGCCCCUGUUUAUGCCUGUUGUCCUGUGUCCCUGUCAGUUUUAGCAUUUGCGCUGCAUUUGUCCUUUGUUAACCAGAUAUGAUCAUUAAUAGUUGCAUUCAGAGAAGCCGGGAUGGGAUUUGGGUGAGCUCCGCUUCUUACUUCCAGCUUCUGCCAAGGACUCAUCUGUUAGGAUAUGAAAUCUGUGUGUAAUGGGGGAGUGUUCCAGAAAUCACUAAUAAAGACGACUUACCCGACAAA